AUGCGUCCAUCAGCCUGUGCUGCUAUUGCAGGCUUGGCGAUGACAGCCACCGCCACGUCGCUCGUGGACCUGUGCACUGUCUCGCAUGUCCAGGCUGCCAUUCCUGCCAAUGGAACCUUACUCGGAAUCAACCUGAUUCCUUCUUCAGUAACAGCCAGUCCUGUCUACAACGCAACCGUCGGCGGUGGCAUGGGUUCUACCACCUCGAGCUCCGCAGCUACCUACGACUACUGCAACGUGACCGUCGCCUACACUCAUACUGGCAAAGGAGACGAGGUUGUCGUCAAGUAUGCCUUCCCCAGCCCGUCCGACUUCAAGAGCCGUUUCUAUGUGGCCGGUGGCGGAGGCUUCUCGCUGUCGAGCGACGCCACAGGAGGUCUGAGCUAUGGUGCUGCGGGGGGAGCUACUGAUGCUGGCUACGAUGCCUUCUCUAACAGCUAUGAUGAGGUUGUUUUGUACGGCAACGGGUCCAUCAACUGGGAUGCCACCUAUAUGUUUGGGUACCAGGCCCUUGGAGAGAUGACCAAGAUCGGAAAGCCACUGGCUAGAGGAUUUUACGGCCUCUCGGGUGACACCAAGAUCUACACCUACUAUGAGGGAUGUUCCGACGGCGGCCGUGAGGGCAUGAGCCAGGUCCAGCGAUGGGGCGAGGAGUACGACGGUGCGAUUACCGGUGCCCCGGCCUUCCGGUUUGGUCAGCAGCAGGUUCAUCACGUGUAUCCCUCUGCUGUGGAGAAGACUCACGACUACUACCCACCCCCAUGUGAGCUGGACAAGAUCGUGAAUGCGACAAUUGCUGCCUGUGACCCUCUCGAUGGCCGCACGGAUGGCGUCGUGUCACGGACUGAUCUGUGCAAGCUGAACUUCAACCUGUCCUCCAUCAUCGGCGAGCCAUACUACUGUGCCGAACAGAAUUAUACAUCCCUUGGCUUUGGCUUCAGCAAGCGCGGAUUGAACAAGCGCCAGGCACCGGGGAGCUCCACCAGCUAUCAGCCGGAGCAGAAUGGGACUGUCUCUGCGGAAGGCGUGGCUGUCGCCCAGGCAAUCUACGACGGACUGCACAACUCCAAGGGCCAGCGUGCAUACCUGUCCUGGCAGAUUGCCUCGGAGCUGAGUGAUGCAACCACCGACUACAACUCCGACACGGAUUCCUGGGAGCUCAGUAUUCCCUCUACUGGUGGCGAGUAUGUCACUAAGUUUGUACAGCUGCUGGACAUCGACAACCUUUCCAACCUGGACAACGUUACCUACGACACCCUCGUCGACUGGAUGAACAUCGGGAUGGUACGAUACAUGGACAGCUUGCAAACCACCCUUCCGGAUUUGACAACUUUCCAAUCAUCUGGUGGAAAGCUACUGCAUUACCAUGGUGAAUCGGAUCCCAGCAUUCCCGCUGCCUCGUCAGUGCAUUACUGGCAGUCUGUUCGUUCCGUCAUGUACCCCAAACUCACCCCGGCGGAGAGUCUCAAGCAGAUGGAUGAUUGGUACCAAUUCUAUCUCAUCCCCGGUGCCGCCCACUGCGGUACCAAUGAUCUGCAGCCCGGACCUUGGCCCGAAAGCAACAUGGAGAUCAUGAUCAACUGGGUCGAGAAUGGCGUCAAGCCCAGUCGUCUCAAUGCCACUGUUUCUUCUGGUACGUACGCUGGUGAGACCCAGAUGCUUUGCCAGUGGCCGACUCGUCCCCUCUGGCAUGGAAACAGUUCCAGCUUCGAUUGUGUUCAUGACAAGGAGUCCAUUGAUAGCUGGACCUACUCUUUCCCUGCCUUUAAGGUUCCCGUGUACUAA